CAACAAAUCGUACAUAAAGGGAAAACAAGAAGAAGAAGCCGAGAAAGAGGGAUUCAACAAUGGCGGCUGUAGUCUCGUCUGAGGCUGCUCUUGUGCUUCUGCUAGUGAUUGGCUUUGUGGCACCUUCCACGGCGUCGGUGUUCUUCUCUUCUCUUCACCAAACUCUCGUCGUCACUGCGUCUCCAACGACAGGCCAAGUGUUGAACGCCGGCGUCGAUCAGAUCAAGGUGAGCUGGUCGCUGAACGAGAGCCUGGCGGCCGGCACCGACUCCGCCUACGAGAAGAUCAAGCUGGUCCUGUGCUAUGCGCCGGUGAGCCAGACCGACCGCCGGUGGCGCAAAACCUACGACGAGCUGAAGAAGGACAAGACGUGCCAGUUCAAGAUCGCCAGCGUGGCCUACGGCGGCGGCGACGCCGUCGGGUCGUACGAGUACAUGGUGGAGAGGGAUAUCCCCACGGCCACCUACUUCGUGCGGGCGUACGCGCUCGACGCCGACGGCACGCAGGUGGCCUACGGGCAGACGACGGACGCGAAGAAGACGACGAACUUGUUCGAGGUGGUGGGGAUAUCCGGCCGCCACGCGUCGCUUGACAUUGCCGCCGCCUGUUUCUCGGCUUUCUCCGUUGCGGCGUUGUUCUUCUUCUUCUACGUGGGGAAGAGGAAGCAGACGUGAAGGAGAUCAUACGUGGCGGUGUUCUAGCUAUUUCACUAUUAUAUAUAUAUAUAUAUAUUUUGUAGUUAGAAGAACUAUGUGAUGUCGCAUUAACGAUAUGUUUGCGAGCAGUGUGAGUGUGGUUACGUUGUUGCAAAAAAGGAUUGUCCUGAAAAUUUUAAUCAAUCAGAAUAAAUAUAUAUCAAUCUUGCUAUUAUUAUUAA